AAGGCAGACGCUUAACCGCUGUGCCACCCAGGCGCCCCUAAUGUAGGUCUUUUAAAGCAAAGUGCAUAACAUGAACUUUCAAAAGGUGAGGGAUAUGUAUAUACUUUCAUAAAACAUUAAUGGGCUUCUUGACCAAUUUACUUCAUUAGGGCAGAUUAACCGUGUCUCAUAACAGCUUUAAAAUUCAGGAGGUGUAAGAACAAAUGAUACAAUGCUAGUUGAAAAGAAAUUUUAGAGGUGAAAUAUGAAAAUACAUUUUGGGCUGGUAUCCUUCAUUUAUCUACCCUUCAACCUAGUCGGUGAUGUUUUUGGGUUGCAGAUUCAGUAGAUGGGAGUUUUAACUCUUGAUGUUUAAUUUCAGGGGGGAAAGAAGCCAUAAUUUGUGUUUAAUGAAGUAGACUAUAGAUAUGAAAGCAGAGAGGAAAGUGAUUAUGUAUAUCACUUUUGUAUAUUCAAAUCAAUCUUUAAUUUUCAUAACAUUUUAUUGUGUUCUGGGUCAUGGAUUACCCUGAAAAACAGAUGAUAGUUGUGACUCCUCGUCCCAGGAAAAUAAAUACACACUCCCAGUUGUGCACGCCAUUUGUUGAUGCAGCCAUUGCCUUCUUCCCCUUAUUCUAAGUUCUUGAUAGAAAUGUACCCUGGAAUGUUUAACCUUGAAAGCUAUUAGAAAUCCUCUAGACCAGUAUUACUUAAACUGUGCUUAUGAAAUCAGUGGAAUGAAUCAAGACCAACAUUAAAAAGAGAAAAAUAAGAUAGAAAAUAUCUAUGUUAUCAUAAUAUGCUAGAGUUUUUGUUUUGUGAACCAUCUUUCUAUUUGUGGAUGUGUGUGCAUGCAUGCAUGCUAGUACUGAGUCCGAAUAUAAAAUGCAUUUCUUACUGAGGAUUGAAGGUAAAGACUGAGAAACACUCAUCUAUUCUAGAGAACCUCUUCAUAUUGUAGCUGAGGAACUUGAUGCCCUUAAAGGCUAAAUGAUUUGUCAGACUCCCCUUCCCUUCAACACACACACGAUCAAUGUUUUGUGGCCAAGCCAGGACUGAACCACAUUACUUUGUUGCUAGUUUUUCUGUGCCACAAUACUAAUUUUUUGAAAUAAAAUUGUGAAGUAGAUUAUUUCAAAAUAUUAAGUGGUUCAUCUGUUUCUUACUUGGCAAUCUUUAAUCCUUUAUUUUUCCCACUAAAAUUGAUCUCUGUCGUUGUCCUAUAAAAUAAUCUGAGCAUGAGCUUCUUUUCCAGAGAGUCAAAAUACUUUGAGGCCUCUCAGUUAGCUGUCUACACACCUGAAUCCUAGAAUUUUGACAUUUAGGGCCUAAUCAGAAGAAUUUCAGAAUAAGACACCAAGGUUAAGUUUUAUGACCAAACCAUAUUAAUCAUUUUGAAUUAUUUCUCCAUUCACUUGAUAAUUGAAUGCAAAACAUGGCUCCAGAUGUUGAUACUGGAUCAUUGGGAGACCCUGUAACCUUCUUUAUUUUAAUCUUAGAGGCUUUCUCAAACUUGAAUGUUGUACAGAUUACCUAGAGGGUCUUGUUAAAAUGCACUUGUGCUCCGGAAUCGGGGUGAGUUUCUGGAUUUCUGUUAGGCUCCCGGGAGGUGCUGCUGCUGCUGCUGCUGCUCCAGGACCACACUUUGGGUAGCAAGGACUUUAUGUUACCUGUCUUCUAAGCCACGGUAGGAAAACGAAGCUCUCAAGAAGUUUUCCAUGUCUUGAUUUUAUGCUUUUCAAAAUUAGCUACAAAGAUUAAAAUGCCACUUUAAUUUUUUAAAUUGGAUUACUUUUUGUACGUAAGAACGUAUCUUUAAAACAGCCAUACUCCUCAGUCCCCACAUUUCAUGAGUGUGACAGUGCCCCUCUUUGCAGCAUUGUUCUAGGGAAUUCAUGUAACUAGUAUAUUCAAGCUUUUCCACAAAACUUAGUUUUCCAAAUACCUAAAACCUUUAAUUUCAGAAAGAACAUUUUCUAAAACAUUAUGUAAUUUUCUUUCUUAAGCUGUUGCAUGAACUUGUUAUUUUAGUGGUGGAAGAGCAGUGUGUGUUCGAAGCUUUCUUGGUAAAAGCUGUUGAACUGCAUGUGAAUUGAAUAAAAGCCACAAAGCCUUCUAAGUUCUUGUAUCUACUUUUUGUGCUUUUACUAUUUUGUCUGUCCAGUUAACAGUUGUUAGUAUGUCUGUCUCAAAGCAGCUCAUUUCCCUUUCCAAUCUAAUUGGUCGCUAUCUGACCUGAAAGCCAGUUGUGUAUGGGACUAAUCCUGGUCAGAAGGACCUCCCUGUCGUGGGGGCUUUCCUAGGAAGUUGGUGUCGAGAAGUUCAGUAGCAGUUGAGCAGGAGAGAAAUCUUCUGGUUUUAUCCAUAUCCUGGGUCGUUAGCUUGAUUGGAACAUGUGUUCCUUCUUUAUACCUUUUACCACAUGUUUUAAAAAACUAGUCUCUAGAUCUCUCUCUGUGUAACAUUGUGUGAUUUGAAAGGGUGUGUGUAUGUGUGUGUGUAUGGGCUGCAUAUAUAUAUAUAUAUAUAUAAUGUAUAUAUAUAAUGUAUAUAUAUGGUAAGCCUGUGACUGGGAACACACAAUAAUUGUAAUAAAUAAGCAUUUCAGGGUCCAUCUAAAAUGGGGACGAAUAACCUUGUGGUAAAGACUGGUGGUUCUCUUAUAUAAAGUCUGUCUUGUACUGGCUUUGCAGUUUUAAGAGUAAUAAUGAUGACAAUAAAGAGGAUAUUCCUAGGCUCAGUCUUAUGACUUAGGGUCCCAGGGAUUCAAAGUUUGAUUUCAGUUUGUUCUCUUCAGAUUAUUGGUUAUAAUAACCAUCGUGGUGCAUUAGUCAAGCCCUCACUCUGUGGGGCACUCCUUAUUCAGAUGACUGCUGUGCCACAAGCAGGGCUGUGCCCAUAAAGACUGUGUUAGGUGGGGCCGGGGGGAAUGGCUGCGGCACUUGGAACAAAUGAGAGUAAUCCAGAUAGAUGGGGUGAGAGUAAAUCUCCUCAUUAGUCCCUCUUUAGAAACAAAUAAGCAUGUGUGGAACCUGUAGCAGGUGUUUUGUUUUUUCUUGCUCAACAAAGCUAGAAAUUGUUGGGGGCUUCACAUCCAUGAAAACCACAUGCAUCGUAGUGUACAUUCUUCUGAUUCAAAGCAGAGAGAACCUGUUUGUAUUUUAACUAGGCAGCAUCAGAACAUUUAUCUUUUUGAAUAGCCUUAUUACUGGUUUUGUGUUAGAAGUUGUGGAUUAUAGUCUUUAAAAUUAUGACAAGUUAAGUGUAGCCAUAGCAUUUAGGCUGGAUUCUGGGAUCCUGAGCAGGGCCCGUCUGACAUAUUUUUAGUGAAUUAUAACCUUUAAAUACUGAGGAGCAGAUUUGUCUAAUUUGAAUCUUAUUUUUUAUAUCUAAAAUUUGUCUGUUUCGGUGCAGCUAAACCUACUGGUAUAAUCUUAGUCUGAUUUAAAAGUAUUUUCUGAUCUGGGACUCCUGUCAAAGAUCAUCAUAGGAACUAGAAAAUGUUGGGAGGUAAAAUGAACUCAUGACCUCAUCUCUUUUAUUUUGCACUAGACUAUAACUUGUAUUCAAAGAGACUGGAAAAAGAAAAACUGCAUUCCUUUCCAUUAAGCUGUAAUAAGUGUGUUGUUUAGUAUGGUUUUGCUAUUAAUAAUCCCUUUUAGCUGAAAGAAAGGAGGAUUUUGUUUGAAGUAUUUGAAACUAAAUGCUGCCGGGAUAAAGAUUUUACUAGAAAGACAGUAGAUAUCAGUGCCUACCCUUUGUGAAUUGAUCCUGCUUAUUUAACUGGGGAAAUAAAAAUGUGCAUCUACUGAAGAGAAAUCUGUGGGCACAAACUGUUCCUUUCCUGUUUGCAGAUUUCAUAGGUUGUUUGUCUUAUUUAAAUAUACAAUAAUACAGGAGACAGCAGAAUGCAACUGCUGUUCCUUUAAUAUCAGAGCUAUGCACGUUACAAUAGGUGUCACUGUUUUGCUUGGUCCAAUCAUGAUUGGUGACUUCAGCUAUUGGCUCCGAGCACUGGCUGUCUGACUCCAUCUGCAGGGCUGUAAUACCUACUCUCCUCCGAUCCAUUCACCACACAACUUCAGCCGGCUGAACAGACUCGCACGGCUCCAGCACAUCUUGCUAACCUAAUUCAGAAGACAAGAGCUACGGCUCUCUGCCUGUCAUCUUCGCUCAGUGUAGCAUUUUCAGGUGAUCUAGGAAACUGGGUUAUUUUUAUGAGCAAAUAAGAGAAAUAGGAAUCAUGAUGGAGAUGUAUUUAGCAGACCCAGUACUGGAUAAAACUUAAAGCCAGUUUCUAUUCAACAUAGUGAAAAGGUCACCUUGUCCGGCUGAGAAAAGAAGCAAAAUAGCAGCUUGUUGGUUUCUGUUAACAUCUUGGCUCGUGCCAGCCUCUUUUCCUUGAUGUUUGCACCAAUUUGGGAUAUCUAGCUAUAAAGAGAGACACACUGUACUCAUGGUAGAUGACAAGGAAAAGAACAUGAAAUGUCUCACCUUCUUCUUGAUGCUUCCAGAGACGGUAAAGAAUAGGUCCAAGAAAAGCUCGAAGAAGGCAAAUACCAGCAGCAGCAGCAACAGCAGCAGCAGCAGCAGCAGCAAGUUGCCCCCAGUUUGUUAUGAAAUAAUUACCUUGAAGACUAAAAAGAAGAAGAAGAUGGCUGCUGAUAUAUUCCCUCGUAAAAAACCAGCCAACUCCAGCAGCACCACUGUCCAGCAGUACCACCAGCAGAAUCUCAAUAACAACAACCUGAUCCCGGCCCCAAACUGGCAGGGUCUCUAUCCCACCAUUCGAGAAAGAAAUGCAGUGAUGUUCAAUAAUGAUUUGAUGGCAGAUGUACAUUUUGUGGUUGGGCCACCAGGUGGGACUCAGCGGUUGCCAGGACACAAAUACGUUUUAGCUGUUGGGAGCUCUGUGUUCCAUGCAAUGUUUUACGGAGAACUUGCUGAGGACAAAGAUGAAAUCCGUAUACCAGAUGUCGAACCUGCUGCUUUUCUCGCUAUGCUGAAAUAUAUCUAUUGUGAUGAAAUUGACUUGGCUGCUGACACAGUCCUGGCCACUCUUUAUGCUGCCAAAAAGUACAUUGUCCCUCACCUCGCCAGAGCCUGCGUUAAUUUCCUGGAGACCAGCCUGAGCGCCAAGAACGCCUGUGUGCUCCUCUCCCAGAGCUGCCUGUUUGAGGAGCCAGACCUGACCCAGCGUUGCUGGGAGGUGAUCGAUGCCCAGGCUGAGUUAGCUCUCAAGUCCGAGGGAUUCUGUGAUAUCGACUUCCAAACUCUAGAAAGUAUCCUCCGCAGGGAAACUCUGAAUGCCAAAGAAAUUGUGGUUUUUGAGGCAGCUCUCAACUGGGCUGAAGUGGAAUGCCAGCGACAAGACCUAGCUUUGAGCAUUGAAAAUAAACGCAAGGUCCUUGGAAAGGCACUUUACUUGAUCCGCAUACCCACGAUGGCCCUGGAUGAUUUUGCAAAUGGUGCUGCCCAGUCUGGAGUUUUAACUCUCAAUGAGACCAAUGACAUUUUCCUGUGGUACACUGCAGCCAAAAAACCCGAGUUGCAGUUUGUGAGUAAAGCCCGCAAGGGCCUCGUGCCCCAGCGCUGUCACCGUUUCCAGUCAUGUGCCUACCGGAGCAACCAGUGGCGUUACCGGGGCCGCUGUGACAGCAUCCAGUUUGCAGUGGAUAAGAGAGUGUUCAUCGCUGGCUUUGGGCUGUAUGGCUCCAGCUGCGGCUCCGCGGAGUACAGCGCCAAGAUCGAACUCAAGCGGCAGGGCGUGGUUCUGGGGCAGAACUUGAGCAAGUACUUCUCAGAUGGCUCCAGCAGUACCUUCCCCGUGUGGUUUGAGUACCCCGUGCAGAUUGAGCCAGACACCUUCUACACAGCCAGCGUCAUUCUGGAUGGCAACGAACUCAGCUACUUCGGACAGGAAGGCAUGACGGAAGUUCAGUGUGGCAAGGUGACUGUCCAGUUUCAGUGCUCCUCGGAUAGCACCAAUGGCACUGGGGUGCAGGGUGGGCAGAUCCCUGAACUCAUCUUCUAUGCUUGAAAACACCUCCCGAAGCAGUGUGAGCUCUGAGGUCACAUCUGGUUCCCACUUGCUUGAUGCUUAGCUCAUCUGCAGAUAUGUGAUCAGUGCAGGUAAUUCGUAAUGAAUGAAGCUGUAGGCAGUUUCUAAUUUCUUUCAACCUUUUAAUUAUGUACAGGCAAAAAUGCAGCAUUCAGCUUUUAACUAUAUGCUUAAAAGAGCCAAGUUCUUAUUAAGGCUUUGUGGUUUUUAGAGUUGCGUCUAUACACCUGGGGAGAAUUUGUGCUCUUUUCCAACUGCCGCACUGACCUUCCAGUUUUGUCCCUCUUAAAAUUUUCUGAAUUACCUUGAAUUUUCCUUAGGGCUUUAUUUUGACAAAUAGAAAUAAAUACUCUGAAAUAAUAAUGAUAAGAGUUAUUUUUAAAGAGAACCCCCACCCCUCACAAAUUAUAGGUAAACCUCAGUGUACAAUUUUGAAAGACGUUUUGCUUCAUAAUAAGUAAUAAUUAAGAAAGUAGGCAGUAGUUAUGUUUAGCUCUUAUUUCAUUUUAAAUAUUUUACUCUGGGCAUUAUUUUUGCUUAAGUCCUAAAUUCAUAAGAUUGUUAAAUGUUUAACACUGCAAAGUAUCUGUGUAAGAUAGGAAAACAGGAAAUUCGAUGUUUGCUUAGGCCAUGACUUCCACUACAAGCAGGUUUUUAUUCUUUCAGUUUAGAAAACAAACUAUUGCAGUACAGACGCUUCUUUUAGAACUAAAUUACACAUUUUUUAUUGUCAAUAGGGAAGAAUUACAGGCCUAUUAAUUUAAACUAAAACAGCUUAUAAAGGAAACCCAUUCUACAAGUAGUUUAUUUCAUGGCAUAAUAGAAUACACAGUUUGAAAAAGCCAGUCUUCUCCCCACUUUGCUUUUGAUCCCCACUGUUUGUUUUUAUAAGUUAUACUGUAUAGAAUUCUUAUUCCCUUUUUCCCAUGAAAAGAGGACCAAACAAUUCUUCAGAUGUACGGAGUAACAAUUAGUUUUGUAGCACUACAUGUUAAUGUAAUAAGAAACUUUUAUUCAUUGAUUUUUUUUCUUUUUUUUUAAUCCAAAAUACACUUCACCUGAUUUACUUUGACCACAUACUAUCUUCUUCAUUAAUUAUAAUUAUGUCCUGUUCCUAGACUGCUAGAAUUUGGCCUUUGGCCAUCUUAAAGUGCCAAUAUACGCCUGCAGGGUUUAAAAAAAAAAAAAAAGUCUGGAGCGAUACACUUGAUUAUACCUAAUAUUUACUGCAUCAGCAUCACAUCCAGCCCUCUUCUUUGUCCAUGUUCAUGUAAACAAAGGAGGGAAAAGCUCACCUCAGAAUUCUCCUUCAGUGAUGGCUUGUGAUGGUUUAGUGCCUGUGACCCUGGUGUCCGACGUGUUCACUUCAAGUUGAAGUAUCCAUGUGUUUCUGGGCAGCUUUUCUGCUCAGCAUGAUCCUGAGAUGGCUUCCCCCACCACCCAGAGUGUGGUCCCUGGCCGCCUCCUUCUCCUGCUCUGCGAGUCCCAAGCUGGCUUGUCUGGAGCCAGGGGUUAGUCCUGGGGUGGGCGGGCGUGUGUGCGUUGUGGGCGUCAGCGCACGUCCAUGUGCAUGCAAGUGUGUUUGCCGACUCAGGAAUUGUCUCCUCCCUGCCUGGCCAGUAAGACGUGGGACAGAAAUGGUCCCCCUGCUGGCUCUGGCAAGGCCCCAGGAAGUGACUAUCCUUAUCUUAUUCACUGUGCUUCUGGGCCACCUUUUCCCCCCUUAGACGUGGGCUUGUUGCUUUUGGCCGGCUUCCCUAGUGGAGGAGAACACUGGAUUAUGGGAAAUGUUUUAAUCAUGUUUGCCAUUACCUAUGCCUGUUAGCAUAGAUGAUCAAAAGCUGUUACUGGUGAUUAUAGAUAAGUACUCCCAGGACAACUUUCCAAAAUUAUCUAACAAUUAUUUCUUAUUAGGAAGAUGACAGAUAGUAGUUUUGGCAAAGUUAUCUGUGAAAUAAAGGUAUGUUUUCAAUUUAAAAAAUACUUCUGUAAAGGAUUUUGCUUUUAAAUUAUGAUUAAACAUUUCGGAAACUCAUAGCUACCAUGCAAAUUGGUAGGCUGUAUACCUGAUUAGAAGGCACUCAUUUUUAAGCCAGAGGAGAAGAAAUUUGAUUUAGCACUAAUGUCAUCAUCUCAGAUUGUUGAGGUGGGUACGAUAACCUUAGAGUGACGAUCGUUCAUACAGUAACGCUCACUGUCAGUGCUCCUGUUAGCAAGAUGCCCUCCACGUGGCUAGGGAACUGCUGGGGGAAAGCCAAGGGGGAUCCUGUACACUGGGGGUCUAAGAGCUUGAUUUUAUGUUAAUCACCAUUAGCUAAAAAAGAAAAGACACAUCCACCACCUCAUUGGCUGGUGUCAAGAGCUGUGGGUUAAGUUUGAAAACUGUAUUUAGAAUGAGAAAUUUUGUAUUUUAAAUCCUAUUCUCCCUUUUGCAUUUUCAGCAACAUGGAACGAAAGCUAACGUGCUUGCUUUAUUUUCUUUGGUAAUCUCGAAUUUUGUAGCUUUUAAAACUAGAAACCAUUGUUCUGACAAGGCAGGCAACUCUAGUGUAUAAACAUAACUUUAUUAAACAGAAUACUCUGUAGAUGCUUUUCCCAAUAUAUCUGGCAGUCUUUGUCAUUGUUCAUACUGGGGAUAAAGGGGAACUAGGCUAGCGGUUCUAGUGUAACGUUCUUUAAGCAUAUCUUAAUAUAGUAUUUAAGUAAAUGGUCUAAUUUCUACAUAAUUAUUGCACUGAACUGUCUUUUUUGUUUUUUAAGGUGUUUAAAUAAGCUCGGCUAAUUCAAGACACUAGCCACUUGUGCAUCAGAGUGCUUGAAUUUAGUGGCUUACAGCAUUAUUUAUGAAGGAAAAAUAUAUAAAUAUGAAGUACCUCAUGUUGAAUGUUAUUGUACUGUAUUUUUAAUGUAACAGUGCAGAACUUGUUAGACACAUGAAUGUGUAUAAUCAUGUUAAAUGCAAAUAAAAAUAAAAUUGGUCCCUAGAUUUGUUUUCCUUAGCAUUUUUGUAGGUCCCUUGAAACAGUAAAAAAUCCAUUCUGACACUUUUGGUGCCACUACAUUUUACAGAGAUGGUUUUGCAGGAGCAUUUGUUUGCUAAGUAUUCAGAUAUCUUUGAUCCCUAAAGAUGUAAAAAUUUGAGGCAAAAGCAUAGGAGAACAAUGAAUAUGUUAAUCAAUCGCAUUGUUCAAAGCCUGACUGUGAAGUUAAUGAGAGGAAGUGAAUGGGUGCAUUUAUAUUCCCUAUAUGGAACUUGUGCUUUGCUGGCAUUCUGCUGCUAUAGUCGCUCACGUGUCUGUGGAUCUGGCUGUCCUGGGGGGGGUGUGGAUACGGAAUCACAUCUAGCUUUAGAUGUAACCAGUGCUGCUUGUUCCUGCUGUGUUAUAAUAGCUUAAGUCUCCGAAU